AUGACCAGGAAGUUUCGACCCCUUCGGGGCAGUGCCGGCUAUUCGGAGAAGGCCCGCGCCGAUUACUCGGCCAAAUCUAGGAAACAAACAAGGAAAUCCAGCACAACAGGAUCGCCAGCAUCUGUGAUGUCUCCUCAAUCUUCAGACCGGACCUUGUUGCAAACCCAGCCGGUAGUCGUCAGUACUCUACCAUUAGAAAAUGCAGGCUUUCUCGGACCAACCAGUUACCGUUCCCUUCUGAGGGAGGGUGACUCGGGCACAGCAGACCCUUCUUUCACGGCCCAUACCAUUGAGCCAAGGCAACUAGACCUGGGGUUACAAGCUGUUGCAUUUUUGGUUUCCGAAGCACCCCUUCUCGGCAAUCUUGUCAAGUAUACAUAUGACAUCGGACGAACGCCUAUCAUCCCAGGGGUGCUUAUGCUUCCUGCACUAGAUUGCCUUUGGGAGAUCCUUGGCGACUAUGCGUCUGUGGAGGAGGCUUCACGUCUACGUACAGUUGUGCACAUAUUUGAAAAUUCAUACCAUCCCAUUCCGGUAAACGAUGACAUGAAAGCGGAUGAUAUUUCUCAACUGAUCAGCGGCAAGAAUCUCAGGUGGGAGACAAUUUCCAUCGUACUCACCAUAUCUACCCUGGCCUUGAUGUAUAUGCCUUCCCAUGUUGUCUUGCAGGUUGAUUCUCAAAAGCGGACUAAAGAUGAACUUCUUGCCCAGAUACUAGAAGUCACAGAAAAGCUAUCAACGAUUAGCAAUGCGCUUCCGGCGGUAAAUGAGUUGCUGGUCUGUUGGAAAUACUACCAGAUGGUGCUUGCAUCUCAGAGAUUUGGCGACUCGAGAAAGCAUCCUGGAUUCAUCCACCAGUGGCGCCGGUUAUGUUUCACCGGAGUCUACGCUAUGGAUAAGGCCAUCGCCACCACUCUCGGCCGACCCCCCUUGAUGAAUCGGUAUUAUUGCGUAUUGGAGCCACCAUUAGACCUCGACUAUGGUAUUGACCCUCGACAAUACGAGUCAAACCUUCAAUUGAUCGACUCAAACGGAUGGAACACUGACAUAAGAUGGCGCCCUACCACUCUGUUUCGCCUUCGUUUUCUUCUUGCGACGGUCAGGGAGGAGAUACUGGAGCUUCAUUUGGGUGUCACAGGUAGUGACGCCGUGGGACGAGCAGAUGGUCUUCUGCACCGGCUGAGAUCCAUAUGGGAAGCUUGUCCCAACCAAGUCAAGUAUUCACCAGACAUGUGGAGUGGACCCCACCGGUGCAACGACACACUUGUACUUCUUUCUGUCUACCUCGACUACCUCCACUCAACGUUUCUGCUUCAUCGAUUCACGGCCCAGGGAAUGCCAGGAGGGAAGUCCCAAGCGCUUUGUCUUGUGGCCAAGAAUAUCCUGUCCACGAUACUUUUCCUACCAUAUGGUCUCCCCAGCGCACAGCUUCUCUCCAUGGAGUUGCUCCAUCGUUCCACUUCCCUAUCGAUACCGACCACUCUACCAUUUCCAAGAGCGGAGGUCAUACGCGAGCUUACCCUGUUUGUGUCCUGUCUGAGCUGGGUCUCACGGCCUGGGAACUGCAACUUCGGGUACUGCAAUCAGAUAAAGGCCAAACUAACCCGGACUCUGGAUCAGAUACUGGAUCCGUCCUUCGCUGCGCCCAGUUUGUACAACCAUGAGGUUGAUGCUGGACGUCCUGUGAUCGAGGGUUUCGCGGAAGGAUUGGAUUCCGGGCUCAGCUUGAGCACCUUGCUUGACAGUGGCAUAGAGAACCAGUGGAACUUUGGAUUGGACCUUUUCUCCGGAUCUGUCUUUUAG